CAUAGCGACGCUGGCGGCGCGGCCUGGCCUUGAGACGCGGCGCGGGGAAGCCCUGGCGAGUGUGCGGGCUACCAGUCGAAGUGCCCGGGAGUCACGAUGUCUUUCCGCGACCUCCGGAAUUUUACUGAAAUGAUGAGGGCACUGGGCUAUCCCCGGCUUAUUUCGAUGGAAAAUUUUCGCACUCCAAACUUCAUGCUGGUUUCAGAGAUACUCCUUUGGCUAGUGAAAAGAUAUGAGCCUCAGACUGAUAUUCCUUCAGAUGUUGAGACAGAGCAGGACCGGGUUUUUUUCAUUAAGGCUGUUGCUCAAUUUAUGGCAACCAAGGCGCACAUAAAACUCAACACCAAGAAGCUGUACCAAGCAGAUGGCUAUGCAGUGAAGGAGCUGCUGAAGAUCACCUCUGUGCUUUACAAUACCAUGAAGACCAAAAGAAUGGAGACCGCCACUGUGGGCGAAGAAGACAUGGGCAAAUUCAAGUUUGACCUUGUCGCAAAAAUUGCAGAUUUGAAGGCAGCCAGGCAGCUUGCUUCAGAAAUCACUUCAAAAGGAGCUUCUCUGUAUGACUUACUGGGCAAAGAAGUGGAGCUGAGGGAAAUGAGAACAGAAGCAAUUGGCAGACCUCUGGAGAUAAAUGAGAUUGAAAAGGUGAUGAGAGUUGCCAUCAAAGACAUUUUGGAGCAAGUCCAGAAGACGAAAGACAUGCUGAACAAUUUGGCCUCAGAUGAAGCCACUUUGGAGGCUAAGAUCGAAAAACGGAAGUCAGAGCUGGAACGGAACCACAAACGGCUACAGACUCUGCAGAGUGUUCGUCCAGCCUUUAUGGAUGAAUAUGAGAAGAUUGAGGAGGAAUUGCAGAAACAAUAUAGCUGUUAUAUAGAGAAAUUUCGUAACCUUACAUAUUUAGAACAGCAGUUGGAUGACCAGCACCGAAUGGAGCAAGAGAGAUUUGAGGAAGCAGAGAACACCUUGCGUUUGAUGCAGAACAAGCUGAAGGAGGAAGAGAAACGUUUGCUGAAGAGUAGAACUAACAAUGAUUCAGACAUCGAAAUCCAUGAGGAUGAGGGAUCCGACAGUGAGAUGGAGGACAGGCAACUGAUGAAGCAACAUGCGGCCAUGGAGAUGCUGAUGCAAGGGAGGCCAAGCAAGCGGAUUGUCGGAACGAUGCAAGGCGGAGACACGGAGGAUGACGUCGGGGCAGCCCAAGUCCGAGCCAGUAAACACCGUGCCUCCAGAGCCAAGGCCAAGGAAGACUCUGAGGACAGUGAAAUUGAUCUGGAUGAUGAUGAGGAUGAUGAAGAUGACGACGAUGACUUGGAAGAUGACAGCAUCGACAUCUGUCCUGACAAGGCCAGUCGGCGGGUCAGGAAGCCCGAGCCGCUGGAGGAGAGUGACAAUGACUUCUGAGGAGACUUGGGGAGAGGGAGUAGCCACGGCAUCUCCUGAGAUAAAUCCCAGGGAGCCCACAGAAGUGAAGAAGUCAACCCCUUCCACUCAUAUAGUGCUUAUUCUAAAGGGAGGUUCUGUUGAUAGCAGUGAAAACAAUCGAAGCAGUAAUAUAUCUUAGAGCUCAGUGCAGCCAAACUCCUUAGCUGUUAUUCAUGAAAUCUGGCUUGCUUUGGAAAGAGGCCAAAGCUGAGGGCAACUGAAUGAUCGUUGCUUGAAUGCUCUGAAGUUCCCCUGUGCCAAAAGUCUUAAGAGCUCCUAGCAAGAAAAAUAUGUGCACACAUGCACACAACCCCAGUUAUGCUCACAGUCUAGUAGCAAAACGUGGGUUAGACUCCAGGGAAAAAACCCUGACCCUUUUUGAUACAAGCAUGUUUUUACAUGGUUUAUGGAUCAUUCACCUUAACACUUUUUACUUUUGAGUUCUCUGGACAAAGACUGACUCCUAAACGACCAGCCAAAGUGCACCAUUAUCGGCAGAGAAGGAGCCUCUCCUUUUGUCGGAGACUCAGGCCAGCUUCCUCAGCAGCUCAGCCAAAACCGGUAUUUCCAUUAUCAGGUGAUCAGACUUGACUAGGCUGGCACGAUUCCUUUGAUAAUUCUGGGGCUGUUUCCUUCCUUUAAACGUGGUUAAUCUAGACUCAAUUUCUUGCCCAUGGGUCCAAGAAUGGAAUGCACCGAGAGUUAAGCAGACUCUGGAGAGAACAGGAAAUCCAGGGAAGACAGAUUUGGACUUAAAACAGUUUUUAUUGCUUAAAAAUAAUUUAAAAGAAAUAGACACUUUGUUUUGUUAUUCAUAGCCAGCAGGUUUGAUUGAAUAUUUUCAUUACAAACCUACCAAUGUCUGGAUGCCUCUGUAACUUUGGAGAUAUUUUGGAACAUCCUGGCCUAUAAUAUGAGCAAGCGGGACCCAUUGUACCUGUUCUGUACUGAAGAGUCUUUGGUUACUUGUGUCUUGCAAGCUGUACUUUUUUAUUCAGAGGUGUUCUCAAUUUCUCAGACAGUUACAUUCCCAUUUCACAAAUAAAUGUCUCUCCCCCCACCCACCCCCACCCUUCUUUCUUCGUGUGACAUUUUUGAUGCUUUGUAUGUUACCUGCUGUCAGCAGUUACAGAUUAACUACUCUCUUCGGCCAAGAUGCAGGUCAAUACAUCAGCCACCUUUUAAGUCUGCUGUGCGAAAGAGGCACCCGAGAACCUCCUCUGUAGGCACGAUGUGCAGAAGAAAGAUACCUUGAGGGUGGGCCACUCCUGUCCACAGCCACCGUUGGCCUAGGCCACACCCCCACCUCGGACUGUCCGGUACAGCAGCCUGUUGCUCCCUGAGGAUCUCGCCUUUCACGGCACGUCUCCAGCCCAAAGACCGGGCUGGAGGAAGAUGCAGCAUCCGAGCUCCCCGACCACCUCCAGCAGAGCCCUCCUCACGUCUCUACAACACAGUCGGGGGCAUUUGUUCUGAUGGCGUCAGCAAUCACUUUGGCUCCGGACUCGCCAAUUCGAUUUCCUUGUAAGCUGUGCGAGGGGACAGAAAGCACCUCUUAGCAUUGUGCCCACUCUGUGGCCCUUCUCAGGACACAUUAUCCUGGUUCAGGCAGCACAACAACCCACCAUGGGCGAUCAGCUGUGAUGAAUGGUGUUGUAACCUGAACUCGACAUUGCUUCAGUAGGGUGGCUCAUUUUUCCUCAAACGAGCUUCCCUGAAAAGCCCGUGGCUUCUUUUGAGGUACUUCGUACUCACAGUAGCCUCUCCUGUCAUCCAAGUCAGGCAGGGCGGUUUCAUCACGGAUGGUUGAAAAGGGGCACAUUUUCUUCCCCACUUGUGAACCAGCUGCUUGUAAUCUACCCAGAGAGCUUGAAGGAGUGUGCAGGGCUGCCUAAUUUAGUUUUUGUCCUCACUGUGUCUUGCCUCCACACCUACAUCAAGGUUUCUGAAAGGCUUCUGAAGAAGGAACCUCUAUUUUUUUAACCAAAGUAGUGUAGACAAUGGUUUGACUCUUGAUCUUGUACAAGCCAUUAAAAUGAUCUGGUGUGCAAAAUGUCCA